CCCAAUGCCUCUGAAUCUUUUGCACAUUUCUUUCAAAAGAAUAACAGCGACGAAAACUACGACCUCGACUUCAUUUCACACAGAAACGCCAACAAUAAGGUCCCAGAAUUUAGUCAAACAAAUGCACACUACAACCUUUGCUUUGAUAUAUCUGAACUUUCCUCAACAUUACAAUCUUGCACCAGCAAGAGCCCUGGGCCCGACAAUAUACCGUACAUUUUCCUCAAAAACCUACCUGCAAUAGGAACUCAAACACUUCUUCAUAUAUACAACAUCAUAUGGACAAAAGGUCUCUUUCCUAAUCAAUGGAGAAACGCUAAUGUAAUACCCAUUCCUAAACCGGGCAAAACCAAAUUCGAAAUCGAAAAUUACAGACCAAUAUCGCUGAUUAGCACUUUAAGCAAACUUCUUGAAAAAAUGAUAAACAAACGCUUAAUUUGGGUCCUAGAAUCAGAAAACCACCUCGUCAAAGAACAAUGUGGCUUUAGACGUAACCACUCGACACUCGAUGCAUUAUCCAUAAUACACACAGAUAUCUGCUCCUCUUUUAGGAGCAACCAGCACCUUAUCACAAUAGCCCUUGACAUAAAAAAAGCAUAUGACACCGUAUGGAGAAAUAGAGUAAUAUCAAUUCUUCACAGUUGGGACCUCAAUGGAAACCUCCUAGAAUUCAUAAAAAAUUUUCUAGACAAUCGUAAGUUUUGUGUAAAAAUCAAUAACCACCUAUCUUCCUCUCAUGACAUCGUUAAUGGACUACCUCAAGGGUCUGCACUCAGCGUGACUCUUUUCUUAGUUGCCAUAAAUGACAUCUGUAAAAACCUCCCAAAGCCCGUGAAAUACAUUCUUUUCGCCGACGAUUGCAAUAUUUACUGCAGUGGGUCUCAAAUCGAAACAACCUCUCAUUUCCUUCAACUGUCACUGAACGCCCUCACCAAAUGGUCAACAGAAUCAGGUUUUUCGUUCUCUCCAUCUAAAACACAGUGUAUCAUCUUCAAUAAAAGGAAAAAAGACCCUCUACCUCUUAUCACUUUCAUGAAUACCCCUCUGACAUUUACCAGCAAUAUUCGAAUUCUGGGUCUCACGUUCGAUGACAAACUAAGCUGGCGCCCUCACUUGACAAAACUCAAAGCAGACUGUUUAUCUAAAAUGAAAAUUAUAAAAACAAUCGGUAACAAUACAUGGGGAUCUGAGACAAAAAGUCUUCUCAGGAUCUACAAGUCUCUUAUUCUCUCGGUACUCGAUUAUGGUGCUAUAAUCUACAGUUCUGCAAAAAGUAAUACUCUCGACACCAUUAAUCCUAUACACAACCAAGGUAUACGUCUGGCAACUGGUGCUUUCAGGACUAGCCCGGUAGAUAGUAUCUUGUGUAAUGCUGGUGAACUGCCUCUUGAACUUAGACGUCAUACUCAGAUACUAAAAUUCAUAUCAAGAAUCAAAAGUAUGCCCAAUCAUAUAGCCAGUAAGAUACUCCAUAAUCCUCUCCCCCACAACUCUUCCAACUACAGGAAUACAAUUUUUGAAUAUUUCAAAAUUACCAGUGAAAAUCUCGACCUCCAAACUCAAACAUUGAGCAAAGUACAACUCCCGUCGCCCCCUUGGCUCUGGUCUCCGGAUAUCAACACUCAACUUACCAACUACUGCAAACACUCUACUAACAGCACUAUCAUCCGCAAUCUUUUCUCGGAAAUAAUGUCCCAACAAUACUCCAGCAGUACACACAUAUACACUGAUGCAUCCAAAAACUCUAAUGGAGUGGGUUUUGCAACAAUCAUAGGUCAUGAAAAUCAUAAAUUCUCACUUCCUCCUAGCACCAAUAUAUACACAGCUGAAGCUUAUGCCAUCUUUGAAGCUCUGAAAAUCGCCUCCUCCUUAAAUUCAGAUUCUUUCACCAUCAUAAGCGACUCUUUGAGUGCUUUAAUAUCUAUCUCAAAUCCAUACCCCAAGAAUGAACUAGUACAACACAUCCAAAAACAGAUAUCUACCUCUAACAAAACUUUCUCUUUCAUGUGGGUCCCCUCUCACGUCGAAAUUUCUGGCAAUGAAAGAGCAGAUAAAUCUGCAAAUGAAGCCACACUUCCUCAAAAUGCCUUAGAAAUAAACCUAACUACAUCCUCAGAAUUGCUGGACAUCAUUAACACCAAAAUCUCUGACACAUGGCAAACUAAAUGGAACAGAGUCCCGCUAUCAAAUAAACUGAGAAACAUCAAGCCCUCCAUAAAAAAAUGGAUUUUUCCCUGUAACCUCAAAAGAAGGGACGAGGUCAUUAUAACCCGGGCUAGAAUAGGCCACACUCAUCUCACCCACUCAUUCCUCAUCACCAAGGAUCCUGCUCCACUAUGUGACGCAUGCAACGAGGACCUGUCGAUCGACCACAUUGUCACUAGAUGUCCAAAAUACGCUGCAGCUCGGAAAAUAUUCAAAGAUUCGUCUUCUCUCCAACUUGCUCUCAGCGAAGAAAACACAGAAGCUAUAUACAAAUUUUUUUAUCUUAUACAUUUAAACAAUAAGUUGUAAAUAUUCAUAACUUUACAUUGUAAUAACUCUCUGCAGGCUAAUAACCUAAGCUGUUGAAGCCUUAUCAUUAAUAAAAAAAAAA